GGGGGCUGCCCGCGGGAAGCUCGCAGGCGGCGGUGGUAUCCAUCCCUGGCUUUCGUUCACCAGGUUGCCUUCAGCGACGACUUGGUCAUCCCUUUGUGUGCCUCAUGUGGAGCCAGGAGAGGAAUCGAAGCCGCUCUAGAUCCCGCUCUCCACUCGACGGAGCCGUGGAAGAGGUCCGACCUGGAUUUCACCGCCAGGAUGCCAUACUGGACUGGUCUCCUUUGAUUGAUGAUUUUGGACCAUAUCCAUUGAGGCCCCGAAACCUAUUUCCGAGUACGCCAGACACGGUUGCCGAUUCUGAUGCUUCUACUGUGGCUUGUUGUGAUGAAAUGAAGCCUACCAUUGGUGCUAACACCAAGAAGCGGGAGAUCGCUGCUCUUGAAGCCCAAGACAUUCUGGAUGACCAUGUCCACCGAACCGCUUUUGCUAGCACGGUGCUCACAGAAGUCAAGACCUUGUUGCAUCGGCCGUACUCUUUGGAGCUUCCUGUCAAGGCUUUGCGUCGGGCAUCGCUUAUGUUGUCGGAAGCUGAAAUUCAAAUGGAAGCGGGCGAAUAUGACCCAGAGUUUAUUUUGAGCUUGUCGCGAAGGACGACGCUCAACUUUGAUCCAUCCUUUGACUCAAAUGGGUCUGACUAGUGUUUCUUUGACGCCUUGGGGAUCCAUGCAGGGUGGUGUGCAA